AUGGCAUCUAUAAAGCUGACAUUCCUGAUGGUGGGCCACACCCACGAAGACAUCGAUCAGAUGUUCAGCUGCAUCAGCAGGGAGGCCCACACACAGAAGAUCAUUACGCUGACUCAUCUUCAUGAGAUGGUGGAGAAAAGCUUCUGCCCAAAACCAGAGGUCCAGCACCUAGACAAUCUCUGGGAUUUCAGGGGGAUGACAUCCAUUGAGAGAAGUCUACGGGGAAUAAAGGAGCCUCAUGUCUUCAAGAUUUCCAAGAAGUCCGGGAGAGUGAUGCUGUCAUACAAAGACUGGCCCAUUUCUCAAGAAGUUUAUCGACACUUCGACCUUCAUGAUUUGGUGCCAGGAUUUGCUGAUGGGCCAGAUGUGGUCGAGUCAAAUUUCAUGAAGAUCACCAGCAUCACCGAAGACAUGAGGCGGGAUCUCCCUAGGUGGGCAGAGACCGGAAGGUUCACAGCUUCAGAGGUGGACUGGUGGACCUCGUAUCUGACAUCCAUGCAGAAGAAGAGGGAGGACCGCCCCUUGCCAAUCGCCCCAUCUACCCUGCCAAGGUACAGUGCCCUGCCUAGAACAGAGUCCGUGUUGGAGACAAAUCUCCAUGGAGCCAUCAACCGACACAUGGAGAGGCUUCAACGAUCUAGCAGGGUACAG